AUGGAUUCCAGCACGAAUAAAUAUCACGCUUCGGAUACGAACCAAAACAUCGGCGGGAAUCGGGAUUUUCUCUAUAAUUCACGUUCGUGCUCCUCCUUAGGCACAACUACUUCUCAUACACGGACUGGCUCCAUUACACAAACUGAAUUUAAGCACUCGACGCCCUCAAUUUCUCUGAGAAAUACACCAUCUAUGGAUUCCUUUGAUCCAACUCGUGCCUACUUCAUGCAAUCCGCAGAUGGAUUUGUUGUUCCUAACUACCAUUGCUCAUCAACUUAUUCUGAUGCUACUCAAAAUUCCAGUCGUGAUUGUGUUCUCAAUAGUGUUGUUCGGACCAGGAGACGUAAAGCAGGUAUUAGUGACGAAGAAAGAAUUUGCAUUGUGUGUGGUGAGCCAGCCUCAGGAUAUAACUUUGACAGGCUGACAUGUGAAAGCUGCAAGGCGUUCUUCCGACGGAACGCAUUGAAACCAAAGGACAAGGUAUGUUGUUCUUUACUAGAAAACUUAUAUGGACUCUUAUUAAAAUGCGUUGACAAUAGAUAA